CAUCCAGGUGUUCGGACGUGUUUCUCCCAACGUUAUCGCCCACGCAAACAUUUACCGUUGCAAAAUCCCAGUGAAUCUCCCGACAAAAAGUGAAAAACCGUUCGUCAAUUGACGAUCGAGUGGGGGAAAAAAGGUGAAGAGUGAUUGAUUAUUCAGUGAAUUUUCGUUAAAAAGCCGACAGGAUACAAUCAAAAUGGUGUCCGGUGGUAUGACCUGUGUCAAGUACCUUCUGUUCCUCUUCAAUCUCAUCUUCGCGAUAACUGGAGUAGUAUUCAUCACAGUGGGUGGAGUGAUCCUCAGUUAUUACAGUGGCUAUCGUAGUUUCGUAGAUAAUUGGUUCUUUGCGGCACCAGUUCUUAUGAUAGUUGUCGGCGUUAUCGUCUUCCUGAUAUCAUUCUUCGGUUGCUGUGGGGCCGUCAAGGAAAACCACUGCAUGAUAAUCACCUUCUCAGUUCUUCUACUGCUUAUCUUCGCCCUCGAGCUGGGUGCAGGCAUUUCGGGAUACAUGAUGCGUAAUGAGGUCGGUAAGAUGCUACUUAACCGCAUGAACAACUCCAUGUCAACGUACCACACUGACGGCGAUGUGCAUAAUGCCUGGGAUACCCUUCAAGUUGAUUUCAAAUGCUGUGGUAUUAAUGGAUCAGCCGACUGGUGGCCGGUGCAGUUCAAACAACCAAAAUUACCACCCUCUUGUUGUGCCGAGGUAUCAGCAACAGCUGAGUGCGAUGUUAACGCUGUUGCCUCGAACAGCGAUGGAUGCUUGAAGAAAUUCAAGGAUACUAUUGAGAAUAAAGCCUACAUAUUGGGCGGUGUUGGCAUCGGAGUUGCCCUGAUUCAGCUCAUCGGAGUGAUAUUCGCCUGCUUUUUGGCUCGAUCAAUCCGCCGUGAAUACGAGACUGUUGAAACCACAGCACACUGAUCAGCCAUCAGUUAGGAGGCAUUCAAAAAGAAUCAAUUUAAUUUUAUUUCAAGUUAAAAAAUGAAAAUCCACGAUCGAAAAAAAAAAUAAAAUUGGGAAUAAUCGAGAAACUCAUAGAUCGUGGGGGAAAAUUUGUUUUUCUUACAUCAAUCGUCGAAUUUAAUCAUGUGCUUUUGAAUGUGUAUAGCAAGGAAUUUAAUGCAGAAUGCGUUGAAAAUUAAUAAAACUCUAUGAAAUUGAAUAAACGAUUAAUUCAACAGCGAAGUGAUAGAACGUAACAAGUCGAUUGUUCAUAUUUUGUUAAAGUUGAAAAUAUCUCGAUAAUGAGUGAAAUCUUUCCUGUCAUUUUUAGCUGAAACCACUCGUCACCGAGAUAUUUGCAUAAUUGAUAAAAUAGUUCAAGUAAACACGAAAAUGUCAAAAUUCCAGUGAAUGCUUGAGUUAAAUAUUGAAUUAUCUGGGUAAUUAUCUAGACUGUACGAAAAAAUGUCAAAGAUCUUUUUCGCAGGAAAUUGAAUUCCCUACAGAAAAAAUGUUUUGACAUUUUCUCCUAAAACUGCUCAUUACCGAGAUAAAUUUGACUUUCACAUACGUUUUACAACUCAACUAAAGAAUUAAAUAAUUAAACUAAGAUAUUAAAAUUGUUCAGUCUCGAGGAGUGCGUUCUCUGCUUGCUAAAUAACUGCCAAUUUGUCUACUUGCCAAAUGAGAAACAAUAUCAAAGACAAGCACGAAACGUUGAUGAAAAAUGUGAACAUAAGCCUCAAGUAUAAAAAGCCUCAGCCAACGAAUAAACCGCAAUAUGAGCCUAUUUUUGGGUUUUCAGAGGUGAACAGACGAUCCUCGAGGACGGAGAGAUUGAGUGACGUUUUAGGACCGCUUAAGAUUAAUAAAAAGCGGCUUAAAUCCGCUAUUUACAAUGAAUAAUCUCGAGUGAUUCGAGAUAAAACGCUUCUGCAUACUGAGAUUAAUUAGUAAGGGAGAUUUAUUCAGAUGAAAAAUUAUUAUCAUUGUCACUGGAAUUGUAUGCUAUUGAUGUACAACUGUUUCUCUGUGUCUUAAAUCGAAAUUUAUCAUUAAAUAUAAAAAGAGAAAAAAAACAACGAGAAAUCUAUCGAAUUGGGAUUUUUUUGGAAAUGAAAAAUUCUCGAUUCGGUUAUUUUUCUACUUCAGAAGGGAGAUUGAGCGAUUUUAGAAAGUAAUUGUGGGUAAUGGACGCUAAGUUUUAGUUCACUGAUGAAAGUAUUAUUCAUGAUUCAGUAGAGGUGGGGUAGAACGAAUUUUAUUAGUAGGAUACGAAUUUUCAUUGCAAUUGGAAAAAUAUCAAUUGUUUCUUAUCUGUUGGAUUAUCUCCGUAAUGAUUCGUGAUGGGAGAAAACAUCAGAAAACGUUUUUUAUGGGGAAUUUUCUUUUGUAUAAAAACGGUUUUUUGAUGUUUUCUCUUAAAUCCUUCCAUUCUCGAGAUAUUUGGGUAAUUAACAGAGAUAAUCGAGUAGAUACAAUUGAGACUAGGAGAGAAGAAGACAAAAUGGAAGACCAAAAGAUAUGACUAAUUAGCGUAAUUCGGAUUUUUUUUGUUUUGAGGGUCAAAUGGUCUUAAGGGGUAAAGCAGAGUGAUCAGGAAGGGUCAUUGCCCCUUAACCGGGUAGGUCUCUAAGGAUCGCUCGCCUCUUUCGGCAAUUUGACCCUCAACUCCAAAUGUCCUUGAGGGUCGUUUGACUCUUACGUCCAGUUGACGCUUAGCUAUGAAUUUCCUUAGGGGUCAUUUGACCCUCAAGACCAUUUCACCCCCAACUAUAAACAACGAAGUCUUGUUUUUUUUGUCGAAUGGUUAUAAGGGUCAAACAACCCUUAAGGACGUUAUAGGUUGAGGGUCAAACAACCCUUAAGAACAUUUCGGGUUGAGGAUUAAAUGGUCGUGAGUUUCCAAUGGGUCAGAGAAGAAUGAAGGGUCAUUUGACCCUCAACUCUGCAUGUCUGUAAGGAUCGCUUGACUCUCAAGACAAUUUGACCCUGAUCUCCGCACAUCAUUAAAGGUCAUUUGACUCUUAAAACCAUUUGAUCUUCAACUGAAAACAAAAAGAAAGCCAAGGAAUUUUGUCUUCUUUGUUUUUAGUUACGAGCCAAAUGGUUGUGAGGGUCAAAUGACCCUUACGGACGUUUGAAGUUGAGGGUCAAAUAGUCUUGGAGUCGCAACGGGUCAGAGAAGAGUGAAAAGGUUCAUUUGGUCCUCAUUUUCAAAUGCCUUGAGGGUCAUUUGACCCUUACGACCAUUUGACCCUCAGCUCCAAACGUCGUUGGGGAUUAUCUCACUCUAUAGAUCAUUUUCUCCUCAACUAAAAACAAGGAAGUUUCUUGACUUUCCUUGGUGAAAUGAUUAUACGGGUUCAAAUAACCUUAAAAACGUUUGGAGUUGACGGUCAAACAACCCCUAAAAAUAUUGGGAGUUGAAGGUCAAACAGCCCUUAAAAACGUGGGUUGGGUUGAGGGUCAAAUGGUCUUGAGGUUCCAAUGGAUUAAAGAAGAGAAAUCGGAAGCAAUCGUCUGUUCCUCAUUUCGAAAUGCCGUGAGGGUCAUUUGACCCUUAGUUCCGAACGCCAUUGGGGAUUAUUUGACCCUCAUGAUAAUUUCAUUCUCAACUAAAAACAAAGAAGAAGUUUAUUGACUUUCCUUUGUCAAAUGCUUACACGGGUCAAACGACCCUUAAGGACGUUUUGAGUUAAGGGUCAAACAACCCUUCACAAUUUUUAGGUUUGAGGGUCAAAUGGUCAUGAAGUUCAAACGGGUUGGAGAACAAUGAUCGAAAAAAAUCAUUUGACUCUCAACUCCAAACAUCCUUGAGUGACUUUUGAUGUUUACGACCAUUGGACCUUUAGCUUCAAACCUCAUUGGGGGUUAUUUGACCCUCAAGACCAUUUGACUCUCACCUAAGAACAAAAAAAGCUUGCGGAGUUAUGCUAAGCAGUCGUUUUUCCUGGUAUCCCAUUUUGCUCUGGUCUCUCCUAUCUUAUCCCGAUUGCUUGAACAAAUUCUUCAAUUAUCUCGUUAAUUAUCGAGUUUUGGAGAAAAUAGAAGAUAUUCUUUUCCCAGAGAAUUCUCUUCGGAAAAAGUCUUCUUACAUUUUCCUACAACAUCGAUUGCUCACGAGGUAUUUGCAUAAUUAAUAGAAGUGUCACCUCUCUACUACUGAAUUAUCAUUACUCUUCUUUAAUUAUCAACAGCCGUCCAUUUUUAAUUACCAAGAUUAAAUAAACAACAUUUAAUUUGUUAACUUUAUCAUUUGGAGUGUGCCUAAUGAUAAUUACUGUUAAUUUGUAAUUCAAUUAAGCAGUUUAAGGAUAAGAAUUUAGAUGUUUAGAUCGAACAUUAAUUAAUCUGCAAAAUUAAUUGCUUGUUUAAAAAAAAAUGAGGGGAACAAGAGGGGGUAAAGAGAGUGAGGAAUUAUGAAUACUUAGUAAUAGCACAUGUCCAAAGUUUCGCUCCUUGUCAUUAACGAACGAAAAAAGAAAUAUUUCAAAAAUUAAUUUCCACAUUUUUCCAAUACUUUUAUUAUUUUUUUUCUAUCUAUGAUUAUUUGUUGAUUUAGUGACCUGACAUUAGACAAUCGCAUUGGCAUAAAUAUAUGAAAAAUAUAAAGAAAAAAAUGAAAGAACAGAUGAAAAAAAUAAUUCACAAGAAGACAAAAUAUAACACGUGAAAGACUGAAAAAUUGAAGAAAAUUUAUUAUAAUCAGUAUUAACUAAAGAAUUACCAAGAAUACGAAAAAUGAGAUUUUUAAUGGAAAAAUUGGUAUUCGAGGAUUUUAGAUAUUGAUCAAUUUAACAAUUGGCAGACUGAUUCGCAAUGCUUUAUGGAGAUGUUAUUUUCAUUCAUCUGAAUUAUGGAGAAUUAUGCAAAAUACCAAUUUUAUUGUAACGAUAUGAAAUAACUUUGUAUUACGAAGUAAUUUCUUUAUGAUGUUACUUAUUUUGUGGCAUAUAUUGAUAGGAGCCCAACGACUCGUCUUUAGCACAUAUUUGUCUAGCUUUUAUGGUAUAAAUAAAAUAAGUGAAAAUAAACAAAAAAAUUAUAAAAUUCAGAAAAGGGAUUUUUUGU